AAGAAAGAAGAAGAAGAAGAGAUAUGCGUGAAGAAAGAUCCAAACCAAAUAGAGAGAGAAAGCUUGAAUCUUGGUGAUCAAAGUAUGGAGUUUUUGUUUUCUAACCCACAACACCACCAGCAACAGCAACAUCUACAUCUUCAAACAAAAACAACAGCAGACCCCUGUUUUCACUUGAUAGAAUCGCCAUUGCCCUCAUCUCAUUUUUAAAAGUCACGGUCCUUUGUGUUGUUAGGAGGAGAGUCAUGGACCAUUGUGGUUUCGAACCCUACCAUGUCCCACAACAAAGCAGAAGAGAUAAGCUCAGACUAAUUUCCCAAUCCAAUCUUCUUCCUUCUCCUCCUCCUCUUCUUCCUCCUCCAUCUCCCUUUCAUCAUCCUGAUUUUCACAAUUCCAUCAAACAAGAAACCAACAAUUUCAUGGGUUUCGUUUACAAUUCCCACAAUUUCAUUUUAGAUCCACAAAACCAAGAUAUUACUACCACAAACAACCCAUUUCUAUCAUCACUUCCACUCCCACUCCCACUUCCACUUUAUCCUCAAACUACUCAACACAAUCACCACCAGAUUCAACCGCAGCAGUCGCAGGAUCACGACGUUGUCUAUAGAACAACGACAGACCAGGUUUCAAACGGCCAAGGCUUGUCGCUUUCUCUAUCUUCAAAGCAAACAAACAACAGUAUUAAUCAUUUUCAGAGGAUUUUCAAUACUAACAAUGAAGAUAAUUUGUUACUACUGUCAUCUAGAAGCUCCGUUCCACUUGGACCCUUUACGGGAUACGCUUCGAUUCUUAAAGGGUCGAGGUUUUUAAGGCCUGCCCAGCUUUUGUUAGACGAGCUUUGCGAUGUUGGUAAUGGAAUUUACACAGCCGAUAAGUUUGAGAAUGAUGUCGGUUUACCAGAUCCUUCGUCCGAUGAUUUCAAUGGAGAUGGACUUAUUGAUGAUACCCUUUGUUCUAAUGAAGGAACUAAUCGUCAGAGGAAGAAAUCUACACUUGUUUCCAUGCUCCAUGAGGUUUACAGAAUGUACAAAUUCUACUACCAACAGAUGCAUGCUGUCGUAGCCUCGUUUGAAACCGUGGCUGGUCUUGGAAAUGCGGCCCCUUAUGCCAAUUUAGCUUUGAAAGCUAUGUCUAAAGAUUUCAGGAGCUUAAAAGAUGCAAUAACUGAUCAAUUACAGUCUUCUUAUAAUAAUAAUAAUCAAAAUGAUGAUGAUCUUAGUUCGAGUUUGGGAAAUAACUCGAAUCCAGCUCUAUAUCGUAAGUCUGUUGUUCAUAAUAAUGGUGAUGGUUUUAUGGAUCAUCAACCGGUUUGGCGCCCACAAAGAGGCCUUCCUGAGCGCGCUGUCACCGUUCUAAGAGCAUGGUUGUUUGAACACUUCUUGCACCCUUACCCCACGGAUACAGACAAGAUUAUGCUGGCUAAGAAGACUGGUUUAUCAAGGAGCCAGGUCUCGAAUUGGUUCAUCAAUGCUCGAGUGAGACUUUGGAAACCGAUGGUGGAAGAGAUACACAUGUUGGAGACUCGACAACAAUCUCAGAAAACCGAAUGUCAAAAGGAUCAACACCACCCCAACAACAAUCAUCUCCCAAUUGCCACUUCCUCCCUUGAUCAAAACCGCCUUAAUUCCAUUCAGAAGAGUCAUCAAUUAGAACUUCCAUCCAAACGAGGACGAGAUGACUUUGAUUCUUCUUCAAUCGGCCAUCAUCAAGAACAACAACAACAACCCGUAAGUGUUCCUUACGACAACCUAGGUAGUUUCCUGGGAAACUCGAACAAUGGUGGUGGGAGUGUUUCGUUAACUCUAGGGCUACAUCAUCAGAAUAACGGGAUGUCUCUAGUACCAGAUCAGACAUAUCCAACUGUUCGUCGGUUGGGACUCGAUGUUAACAUGAACAACAAUAACAACAACAACGAAGGGUACAUGUUUGGCGGAUUUGAAGGUCAGAAUAGACCAUUUAUUAGGGAGAUCAUGGGUGGGCAGCUUCUGCAUGAUUUUGUUGGCUGAAAUUGAAUGAUAAUUUUAUGAUGAGAGGCAGCAGUAUUUAUUUAUUAUAUAUUUAUAAGCAUGAAACACAAGUGGCUAGCAUGAAAGAAUAAAGUGUUGGCUGCAUAUUUGUGUUCUUGGGGGGUAUUUUGGGAAGAGAACAUGCGCAAUGCCCAUGCAUGCACUUUAAUUUGUUUAUUAUAUCGAUCUCUUGAACUUUGUAAAUUCCUAAGAAGGUCAAGAUUUGAUUAGUUUAUUUAAUAUAUGAAUCUAUGUACUUUUAAAAA